AUGGCGACUAUGGAAAAGGUCCUUUCGGCAUAUGCCGACCGCCAGCGGGUCCUCGAGGCCAGUACGAAUCCCUUCGCCAAGGGCAUCGCUUGGGUAGAGGGCGAGAUGGUGCCUCUCAAAGAGGCGCGUAUCCCGCUUCUCGACCAGGGCUUCAUGCACAGCGACCUCACAUACGACGUCCCCUCCGUCUGGGACGGCCGCUUCUUCCGCCUUGACGACCACAUGAGCCGACUCGAAGCCAGCUGCAAGAAGAUGCGCCUCAGACUGCCGCUUCCCCGGGAGGAAGUCAAAAGCAUCCUGGUGGAGAUGGUUGCCAAGAGCGGCAUCCGGGACGCCUUCGUCGAGCUGAUUGUUACCCGCGGACUGACCGGGGUUCGCGGCGCCAAGAUCGAGGACCUCCAAAACAACAACCUCUACAUGUUUGUCCAGCCCUACGUCUGGGUCAUGGAGCCCGAAGUCCUCCCCGUAGGCGGCAAGGCCAUAGUGGCCAGGACUGUCAGGCGGACUCCUCCCGGCGCCAUUGAUCCCACCAUCAAGAACCUUCAGUGGGGCGAUCUCGUCCGGGGUCUGUUCGAGGCUCUCGACCGCGGCGCCACUUACCCGUUCCUCACGGACGGCGACACUAACCUGACCGAGGGGUCGGGUUUCAAUGUGUUCAUCGUCAAGAACGGCAUUCUCUACACGCCACAGCGGGGUGUGCUGGAAGGCAUUACUCGGAAGAGUGUCAUCGACGUUGCGCAGAUGAACGGUCUUGAGACACGCGUCGAGACCGUCCCCAUUCUAGACGUCUACGAAGCCGACGAGAUCUUCAUGUCUACAACAGCUGGCGGUAUCAUGCCCAUCACCUCACUGGACGGCCAGCCUAUCAAGGACGGCAAACUCGGCCCGAUAACCAAGACUAUCUGGGAUUCUUACUGGAAAAUACAUUACGAUGACCGGUUCAGCUUCGAGAUCAGGUACUAA